GGACGGAUGAACGAGUCUGGCAAUGUAUCCCAAUUGGCUUGAAGUUCGAUGAUUUGACAACUAGUGAGCCCGCCCAUCGACAAUGAUAGGAGUUCACAGUCUGGGAUCGCAGUGGUGAAAAAAGCACGUCAGGAAUUGUCGAACACAACAUUAGCGUACGCCGCUGCGACGGCAAGUGGAAAAAAAAUUUCCAAGUUAGAUGAAAUAGGUUCGCACCAAUCGUCGUGCAGAGGGGUGGGGAACUUUGCGUGACGCCGCUCGAGUAUUGUGUGUUUCCAGCAUCGUUGAUCCGUGUUGUCUGCGGUUGGCAGCGAGCCGAGCGACGUGGCUGCGUGCAAUUGAGUGGAAAGCCGACUUCAACAAAGAAAAAAUGCGUGUUGAUCGAACAGUGAUGUUUAGCUUGCUGUCACUGGUAGCUUUUAUGGUCGAAACGUGCUGUGGCCAACCGCAUUCGCUACCCGGUAUUACUAACAUCCUCGAUUUGGUUAUUCGACGCGCCGCACGGUUGAGCAAGGUCAUCAGCGAUCCUUUCAUAUCUGUAGCGCGGGGCGUCAUCCAGAAUGCCGGGCAAACACUCGUCAAGGAUCCUGAUGUCAGCGCUGCUUACAAAGGCGUUCCAUUCUACAUAAAAUACAAAGGGUAUCCUGUAGAAGUGCACAAGGUUUCUACUAAAGACAACGUAACUCUUACCAUUCAUCGAAUACCGCGCCAAGGGGCUGUUCCAGCUGUUCUUCAGCAUGGCGUCAUGUGUUCAUCUUUCGAUUUUGUCGCCAAUCAGCCACCACAAAGUUUGGGUUUUAUCCUUUGGGAUGCCGGCUACGACGUAUGGAUGCUUAACGCACGGGGCAAUAUCUACAGCAGUGAUUCUGCUAAGUCCCGACAAAGAUUCUACGAAUAUACUUGGGAUGAAUUAGCUGCAUUCGAUCUACCAGCAAAUAUCGACUACAUCCUCACAACAACAGGCCACCGAAAUCUUCAUUUAAUGUCACACUCACGGGGCACAACGGUUACCAUAGCAAUGCUCGCUUCGAAACCAGAUUACAACGAUAAGGUUCGAUUGGCGACAAUGCUCGCACCGGUUGUAUAUCUCGACGGUAUGAGUCAGUUCUUGCAAAAUAUCGUCAAAUUUUUUAGUAAUCCAGUAAUUAGCUAUGCUGUUGAUGUUCUUACCGAAGGUGGCCCUCUGUUCAGCAAUGCUCACAACGACCCCAGUUAUUUCACCUUGAACCCAACGCUUUGCUCGCUAGAGCUGUGCCCUAUCACGAAUGAUCUCUCCGGUAACUUCUUCACAAGCAGUGGACACCAUAAUAAGAGUCGGCUGGCGGUAUAUUCAACGCAUUUUCCGGCGGGGACGACGUUUAAUGAUCUCAAGCACUAUAUACAACUUCACAAAACGAAAAGAUUUGCCUAUUACGACUUCGAGGACCCUUGGAAAAAUAUAAAGGCCUACGGAACGGCUCGUCCUCCGGCGUACAAUUUGCAAAACGUGCGUGCGAAAAUGCUGAUCUUCUACGCGAAAAACGAUAGUUUCAUCUCGGUUCGCGACGGGCGGAAAGUUGUCGAGAGAUUCAGGGACAACCUAUACAAGGACACCGCCAUAGAGCUGCCUCAUGCUGGUUUUGUGCACAUGGACUUCCUCUGGUCGAUAAAAGCUAAGGAACAGCUUUAUGAUACCAUAAUCAAGCGCAUGAGGGAAAUAGACGGUGAAACGCCACAGUCUUAAAAAUUCUGCCAUUUUGAUCGAUGGUUUAUCCUGCUUAUUUAUUAGCUGACGCAUGUGCGCACCUCUUAUUAAUGUUUUUAUAACUUAUAUAUCGACAAUAGUAAUUAACUUAGAAUUAAUCACAAUAUAGAAAAACAUCUGUGAUAGACAUUACUUGAUGUUACAUCAUCGGAACUGUCGACAGACAUGAAACAUUAUCGCAAGUUACGUAAAUAUAUAGAACAGGAAAGCACAAUGACUUCAAAAUUUCUUCCGCUGCUAGUGCCUUGCUUCUGUCCAUUCAUGUGCAAUCUAAUUAAAUUCGAACCUGCAUCAAUGGGUCACAAAUUACGGUGACCGAAUUACUUAGCAUGAAUGCAAGCGUAGAUAUGCGGUCCUGUAAAUUUUGCUACGACAAUAGGUUUGGUUAAAUAGAGAUGGAAGGAUGAGCAUACUCUAACUAACAAUAAAGUAAGUAAAUACUGUCUACAAUUAAGUGCU